AUGGAGAAAAAUAACAACAUAACCUGCAAAAUCUGCAAUAAGUGUUUCUCCACCGGAAAAGCCAUAGGGGGCCACAUGAGAUCUCACUUGGUCAAAUUGCCAAUACCUCCCAAGCCUGACCCAGAGAAUCAAGCACUUGACAACUCUACCAAGUUAACCAACCAUGCAAUUCAAGCUCCUUCCUCAAUGAAUUUCCAUCCCGAAAAGAAACCAGCACAAAAUCUUCAAUCUCCGAAACACAGCUUCUUAGCCUUUUUUUCAAAAGUAAACAUAGAAAAUAGAUUUCUGCCAUACCCUAAAAACCCAACCCGUAAAAGAUCCAAAUGUCGCCGACAAAUUAUUAAAGCAGUUGAGAAAAGAUCUGAGCCAAAACAAGAGAGUUCAACAUCUGAAACCCCUCGUGCAAAAGAAGCAGCUAGGUCCUUGAUAUUGCUUUCCAAAGAUAAUUGGCCAGCAAGCAAAGAGAUGGAGGGAGCCAACCAAAUGUUUACAAAAGAUAAUGAAAAUGGCAAAGAUGCCUUACUUGUUCAGACUCCCACUCAAGUUAAGUUCAGGUGUUUAGAUAAAAAAACAGUCGAAUGCCCAUCGUGCUCCAAGAUGUUCAAAUCUAAACAAGCACUCGGCGGGCACAAAAAGGUACACUUAAACAACCCUAAGGUUGCUAAUGCUCAGAAUAAAUUUGUGGACAAGUCGCUAGACCUUAAUUUUCCAGCUUUUAGAGAUGAUGAAGAUGUUGGCCAAAUCAAUUUUCCAACCAUGGGCAAUGGAAAAUAA